CAAAUAAGGCGGAGAAGGACGAUAAAAGUACUUCAUCAUUGAGAGACGUCCUCGCCACUGAGGCCUUAGACCUAGAAGGACGCAGGGUUAUUGAGGUGCCUGUAUCUAAUUCUCUGCCUCAAGCUGCCUUGGAUACGAUCACAGACCUUUAGAGAGUCCAAGCUAGCAAAGGAUGGAUUACCUGUUGCUCCCCGCGUGAAAACAUGGAUAUAGCGAUUAUGCUAAAAAAUUAUAGAUUUAGCCUUGUAUAUGAUCAGUUACAGCCAGAUCUCACCCGGCGAGUGGACUGUCCAUUGAGAAAUGCCUAUAGUCCCAAACAAUUUGUCCAAAUGCUGAUGACACUCUGGCGCGAUCCAAUCGGACUUAAUAGAAGAAGCGCCAAUAUUAGGGAUCACUUCUCUAUGGCAAUUCAUCAUCAAAUGAUGCUUCGUGAUGAAGACAUCCGUCACCUUCGGUUCUCUGAGUGUUUCCACAAAACACUUGAUGGUCCUCAGACGGCUUACCGAAAGAUAUCCAGCUUGAUAUUUCGUAUACAGCAAGGAGAAGCUAAUAAGAGCGGUGCAAGCUGGUACUCUUGUGCUGUCCGACAUGUUGAUGUUUGACAGUGCGGUUUCUCAGCAUUUGCGUUUUACAUGUUUUAUCUUUGGCAGUCGAAGUUCAGGUUGGACAAAGCAAUGCUUCCAAACUUUGACGAUCCAGAUUGGACCCAGUUCCACGUCCUUGCA